AUGCGGUCUUUUGUCAUUAAUACUGUUGCCACCACCCCGUUUGAGGGUCAAAAGCUUGGGACUAGUGGUUUGAGGAAGCGUGUCAAAGUAUUUCAACAGGAACAUUAUACAGCCAACUUUGUGCAGGCUUCUUUGGAUGCUAUGCCGAAUCCUGGCAAGAAAGGCGCUACUUUGGUGGUUGGUGGCGAUGGAAGAUAUUACACAAAAGAAGCUGCGCAAAUUAUUAUACGUGUCGCGGCUGGCAAUGGUGUUUCUAAAUUGAUAAUUGGAAAAAAUGCGAUUUUAUCAACCCCUGCUGCAUCAAAUCUUAUUCGAAAGCGUCAUGCUACCGGUGGCUUUCUUCUAACCGCUUCUCAUAAUCCAGGCGGUCCUGAUAAUGAUUUCGGCAUAAAGUUUAAUGUUAGCAAUGGUGGAUCAGCACCCGAAAAAAUUACCGAUAGAAUAUAUGAAUUAUCUAAACAAAUAAAAGAAUAUUUUAUUGCUGGAUUGCCGGAGGUUGACCUUUCAAAUCUUGGUACAAAGAAAUUCGGCGAGGAUUUUACAAUCGAAAUAGUCGAUUCUGUGGAAGAUUAUGUUCAAUUGGUCAAAGAAAUCUUUGAUUUUGAAUUGAUUAAACAGUUCUUCCAAAAAAAUCCGGAUUAUAAAGUUCUUUUUGAUAGUUUACAUGGAGUUACUGGUCCAUAUGUUGAAAAAAUAUUCGUGAAAGAGCUUGGACUUCCUCCUACCUCCAUUCAAAAUUAUGUACCUUUGCCCGAUUUUGGCGGUGGUCAUCCAGACCCUAAUCUUACGUACGCACGUUCUUUAGUAGAGCGAGUAGAAAAAGAAAAUAUUAAUUUCGGAGCUGCUUCAGAUGGAGAUGGAGAUCGUAAUUUGAUCUAUGGCAAAAAUGCUUUUGUUAAUCCAUCUGAUUCUUUGGCUGUUAUCGCUGCGAACGCAGAAAUCAUUCCAUACUUUAAACGAACUGGAUUAAAAGGUAUUGCCCGAAGUAUGCCAACAAGUGGAGCUGCCGAUUUAGUUGCAAAGAAAAAGGGAAUAGAAAUGUUUGAAACGCCAACUGGAUGGAAAUUCUUUGGCAAUCUUAUGGAUGCUGGUCGCAUUUCGAUAUGCGGUGAGGAAAGUUUUGGUACUGGAUCUGAUCACAUUCGGGAAAAAGAUGGUAUUUGGGCUGUUUUAGUUUGGCUCAACAUUAUCGCUCAUGCGAAUGAGAAGAAUCCGGGAACUGGUAUUAAGGAAAUCCUUCUUGCACAUUAUAAUGAAUAUGGGCGAAACUUUUUUUCACGAUACGAUUACGAAGAGGUCGAAGAACAACAAGGCAAUAAUGUUAUCGAACAUUUAAGAAAUUUGUUGAGCACUCAGCGAGACUCAUUUAUUGGCAAAAAGUAUGGUAAUUUCACUGUUAAAGAUGCCGAUGACUUCGAAUAUCACGAUCCAAUCGAUGGUAGUAUUUCAAAAAAACAGGCAAAUGGUUCUCGAAUUGUUGUACGUCUUAGCGGUACAGGUAGUCAUGGGGCAACUGUGCGUCUAUAUGUCGAGAAAUAUUCAAAAGACCCUUCAGAAUAUGACGCAGACCCACAAAAAGCAUUAAAACCUUUGAUAGACGUUGCAUUAGAAAUCUCGCAAAUACCCACAUUUACUGGACGCAGUGAGCCGACCGGUCCGCGUGAUCUUUUGCUGAGCAUAGUUCCAUUGCUCUUUGAUUCAAGAAUGGCAUUAAUAAAGUUAACAUUUACAUUAAUGUGCAUUCUGGCACUUUUGAUUCGUCUUGUACUUCUCAUAUAUGGCGAAUGGCAAGACGCGAAUUUCCAAGUGAAAUACACUGACAUAGAUUAUAAAGUGUUCACAGACGCCGCGCGUCUUGUUACUCGAGGCGAAAGUCCUUACGAACGUAGCACCUACCGUUACACUCCACUCCUAGCUUUCCUUCUCAUUCCAAACAUACACAUUCACCCCAUAUUCGGUAAACUUAUUUUUGUCUUAGCCGACUUUUUAGUUGGAGUUCUCAUAUAUAGGCUCCUAAAUCUACGUGGACUACCCGAAGAACGUUCUGUUAUAUACUCGUCGUUAUGGCUACUAAAUCCGAUAGUGGCUAAUAUAUCAACUCGUGGAAACGCAGAAAGUCUACUUGGUGCUUUAGUCUUACUCACCCUAUAUUGGAUAUUAACGAAACGUUUUGUGGCGGCUAGUAUUUUGUAUGGUUUCGCCGUGCAUUUUAAAAUUUACCCGAUAAUUUAUGUCGGGUCUCUAUUGAUUUUAUUGGAUGAUGAAGAUUAUUGGGGAAUUCGGCGAAAAGGCAAAGAAAAAGCGUAUCCACGAUGGACCAGGCAAUAUUGGACUGGGCAAGCAGGCAUGUUUGUUACUUGGACGCGUAUCAAAUUUGGAUUAAUUAGUGGCGGCGUGUUUUUCUUGUUGAAUGGUGUAAUGUAUUACCUGUACGGUCAAGAAUUCCUUCAAGAAACAUAUCUUUACCACUUGAUCCGUAAAGACCAUCGUCAUAAUUUUUCAUUAUGGUUUUAUUACAUCUAUCUUAAUUACGACAAUUUCGGAUCUUCGAGUAUAUUUUCUAUGUUGAGUUGGCUAACAGCUUUACAGAUUUCCGCGGUGACGUUGUUGGGUUUAGUUUUUGGCAAAGAUAUCUUCUUUGCGUGUUUUGUGCAAACAUUUGUGUUUGUCGUGUAUAAUCGAGUUUGUACUUCACAGUAUUUCAUGUGGUAUAUUUGCUUAUUCCCGUUGAUAAUUCCAUCGUCCGACAUUGCUUUCAGAUACAAAGGUCUUUUUAUGUUAAUUGCAUGGGUUGGGACACAGGCUCUCUGGUUGUCUCAAGCGUAUCAACUAGAAUUCCAAGGCGAAAACACAUAUUUCGCAAUAUGGAUGUCAAGUUUGGCGUUUUUCGCCGCGAAUAUAUGGUGUUUAAUUGAACUUAUUAAACAUCAUAUCUAUGAACCGGUGUUUGAAUUAGGGCAAAUAAAGAAAGUUUGGGAGCGAUGGCCUCUUCUGAAUAAUUUUAGUAAUGGUAAUGGCAAAGGAGAAAUGAAUGGCGAUUAUGAUGAGGAGGAUAAUGAGAUGUUUUUUUAA